AUGGCCGACAAACUCCCUACAGCCGACCUCAAAGCGCUUUUGGAGGCUAAGAUGAAUGAAUCGAUCCACAAAAACGGUCUUGAGUACAGGGGGGGAUUUCUAACCGUAGACUACGUUCAGGAGAUUUUCACCACGGAGAACCUCGCGGAACAAUUGAAUGAUCACCCAGAAGGUCGAAGACAUUCAGCGCAUCAUCGAACACAGCUCGCUGUGAGCAUUAGAGAAAAGCAGAAGCAGCUCUACUCCAUACUCCUCCUCAUAGGCGAGUCGCGUCGAAUUCACCAGAUCCAGCGAAUGCCCAAAAGCGAGGCCAUGCUUAUAAGCGAUGAAUAUCUGUUCGAACCAACCACAAAUAUCUAUGAGCUGGAACGACUACAGAGUAUGACGUUCUUUGACGGCAUUGCUGAUGCUUUUUACCGAAAGCAAUGGAUAUUUCCGCCUAGUCUAUCCGCACAAAAGACACUAGAGUUCCCAGCAGAACAUUUCCGUUUCCCAUUCACAAGUAAACGUCGAACUCUCGGAAACGGGUAUCAUGGGGAUGUCCAUGCGGUAGAAGUAUCCGGCUUUUUUCUUCAAACAAAGCAAAGCAACGAUCGAUCACAGGGCACCAGCAUAGCUUACAAAAAGAUUAGCAAACAUAAACUCGAGGAAUGGGAUAUGGUACAGAGGGAAGUAGACAUGCUUCAAGCACGACGCCACAGUAAUAUCACGCCACUCUUAGUGAGUUUCUAUGCCGGACUCGAGUCUCCUGGCUCUGCAAAUAGCCCUAUCCGUUGUUUGUACCUUCUUUCCCCACUGGCAACUAUGGACAUGCAUGCGUGGUUUACGAAAGGACCCGAGCAUAUGAGUACAGGGAAACAAGAAUUGCGCCGUUUUGUCUACUCUGACGCAAUGUUAGGCCUUGCAUCCGGAGUCACUUACAUUCACCGGGAGAUCAAUGGACUGAUCGGCUAUCAUCGAGACAUUAAGCCCAGCAACCUGCUCCUAUUCCAAGGGGCGGGAGGAUCGGAGAUGUGGAAAAUUUGCGAUUUCGGCAGCUCCAAUCUAAAGAUUUUGGGUGAUACUGGUACGACAAAUAUAGUCACCACGACGGAAUGGGCGCCUGCAGAGUUUUUCACCGAUCAAUACAGUAAGGACGGACAAACACACGGUCGUUCACAUGACGUGUUCUCGCUUGGAUGCGUGUUCCUGGAACUGGCCACCAUAUUGCACCAGGGCUGGGGUUCAGAUGGGAUCCCGGAACUUCGAAAACGCAGAGAAAAGGAUGAUUCGUACGAAGGGCCAUUGAAGAACGUAGGCAAAGCUGGCGAUUACUGCAAAUCGAUGAACGCAGUGCAUAGGUGGAUGGAAGAGUUGCUAAGUAAAUGCAACUCGGAUGAAGACAAGAAGAUUCUGGAAUUGAUAAAGGAGAUGUUAUCGCCUCGAAACGAGCGAAUAUACGCCUGGGAAGUCGAGAUAGACUUAUUCAUCCUUUCCGACCCAAUGCGGAGCUGCACCGAAGUCAACAAACGACUAAAGAAGAUCAUCCAAUCAUCACGAGGUUACGAUCCCAAAAUGAAGCAUAAUCCAUUUGUGCGCGCACAAAAGAAGAUGGAAGCACAAACCGAUACCAGAAAGCCAUCGUUAAGGUCCGAAGAAUUUCUCGAUAUUAUUUCUGCAGCGGAAUGGCGUCGUUAUACGCCCCAAUCUACCACUGGGAGUUUCAAAGUCAGCUCAGUUCCACAAAAGACUCUAUCGAACAUCCCAUCGCCCAGCAGCAUUGACAUACUCUUUGGACGGCAAGAUCUGUACAAGUACAUUUCUGACAGUUUCGUCCAAUCAGACACAGUAGCACUGUACGGGUUGGGAGGUGUUGGAAAAUUACGAAUCGCACGGGAAUACGCGUCGCAGUUUGUGAAACCUGCAGAUAAAGCCAUGCAAAGGCACACCUUCGAAGUGGAGGCUAAAAACAAAUCGGCGUUACUUGAAUCAUACGACGCGAUCGCGCAUCAAAUCAACAUGUCUCACGACGAAUCGGAAUUCAGAACAAAGUCGCUCGACAAGGUCACAGGAAAGACUCUCAAAGCAUGGCUAGAGAACCGUCAAAAUGGCGGCUGGUUUAUGGUUGUGCAUGGAUUCGACUCAGUUCAGUAUGCAGAGGAGCUUUGGGAGAUGUUGCCAGUGCCUGAGUGUGAAUAUUGUCAGAUGCUCAUAACAACACGCACGCGCGCUACUGUGAAGGAUGUGGAGGGAAGGCUGAUUCCUGAAGUACAGGUCGAUGUGCUCAACCAAACAGAUUCGAUGCGUCUCUUCAAGCAUCACAUUCGGAGAAAGCUUACUACUCGGCAUCCGCAGGAUAGUGAGAACCAGGUAGAUGAUCCCUACGAUCACCAGACCAAGUCGUUAGUCGAAAAGCUGUGGUCGCCAUUCAUGAUAAGAUCUGCAGCCAAGCAUAUGAAUAACAAGUCGCUGGUAGUCGGGUAUAUGAACAAGAGGUUAGACGACAAUAGCUUCGCAACCGUUAGAACCACCCCUCAAGACUAUCUUGAGUAUAUUCUUCGGCCCCUCAACCCCGAUGGAUCGUUCAAGGAUAAGCCUUGGCCUCGCGUAGUUCGCUUCCUAUUUCUACUGGCAUUCUUCCAUUCCCGGGGAGUCAGCUGGGACUUGCUGCUAUCUGAGUACAAGCAAGAGGAGGAGGCAUUGGUUGAUAUGCUGGAUAUUUUGCAGGACUGUUCCAUGAUUUCCAUGGACUACCAGCAAAAUCAAACAAUCUAUGUUCUCAAUGCCCACGUACGACGUGCGCUGUUGGGUUGGAUGGAUAAUGGUCGCGGCCUAGGCCACACUUGCAGCGAUGAGUAUGGUCCAGAGGCGAUAGUGAAACACUACAACAAGUCGCUCUCGAUGAUUUGCAAGGCGCACAAGAUUAAUCACGGCAACUCAUCCAAACAGACGAAGACCAAGCCUUUGAAACCACAUGCAUCUAAGCAAGCAUUCAUGCCGCACUUUGAAUGCUUUCUGGAUUUCAUCAAGAAACAUCCCCAGAAGUUAAACUUCACGCUGGGCGACUUAGCUGUCCGGGCUGUCAUAUUGUUCUCGAAGGUUCUUCUCGAUGAAGACAGGUAUGACGAUGCAAUGAAGGUAACUGCCUACGCACAUACUCAUUUCAAGUGUGAUCUCAGUGAGAUCGAUGCGGCAGAUGCUGGAAAGUCGAAACAGGCAAGAAUUUCCUUUCAUCUGAUGCGACAACUAGUUCAAGUAUAUCUCGCCCGUCCACAGGAUGACUGUUCAGCCGAGUCUUGGGGCAAAGCUGAGGAGUUGAUCAACAAGUUGCAAGCGGAAGCUCAUCGAAUAAAAGAGCUUGACUUACCAUGGACCCAGUUCGCUUCUCCAGAACUAGAGAUUCAACUAGAGAAGGUCCGAGUGUAUUGGAAAUCAGGGCGUGUUGAACCCGCAAGGCGAGAAUUGUCGCACAUCAUUGAGAGCACCGGUGUGCUCAUCAAGCGAGAUGGCCAGGUACUUGAGCCCAUUCAAGGCAACGGAUGUCGCGUACGCUUCGGCUUACCGAAGAACCUUCGAGAGGAAGACCAAAGACGGAGAUCGAUCCGCAUGUUGCAGCUCAAGGUCACAAGAGAAGACGGCCUGCUAUACACAAUGGAAGGCAUCCAACAAAACCAGAAAAAUCCAAGACUUGCGCACAAAUCUUGGAAGAAGGCUAGGAAAGCUCUCGAGCUUGCUCAAGACGCCGCAUCUCAGUGGUUUGCUGAUGACGCUGUAUUGCACGAUGAAAUUGGGGAGGAGAUUGCAGUCGCAAACACCAAGAUAGGCACAGCUAGUCUGGUCAACCAAGCUAUUACGACACUAGAGGCUGCAUGCAACCGAGCGAAAAGCAGAUAUGGGCAGUGUAGGCGUACGUGGGAUCUGGAACGGAGGCUCAACGAAGCUAAGCUCAAAUCCAAGAAGCACGUAGAGGAGGGGACCGACAGCGCAAAACGACUACUUCAGUUGUAUGAAGAGCGCCUUGGACCUGAGAAGAUGGCAACAAAGCAGUGUGCGUUGCAGCUAGCAAAAGGAUUGAGGUAUAUGGGAAGAUGGGAGGAUAGGUGUGCACUAGCACGGAGAUACACAGGUUUAGAGCAGGAGUUGCGUGAAGACAUGGGAAUGUUCUUGAGGUUAGAGUUUGAACUGAUGGCGUUGCUGAUGUGGUUGUUGAGCGGUGGACGGUACGGGUAA